GUGAUUGCGAAAGCCAUCGAGGAGAAUCUUGUCAAAGCCAAAACACUAAAAGCUUGCCUGCAAGAGGCCCCAUCUUCUAUGGAUGUGGACACUUCAGCAACCAGUGCAGCGAGUCAAGAUUUACCAGAAGUUGAAAUGUACAUCCGACUACUACUUAUUCAUUUCCUUCUCUCCACGCCUAAUACUGCUUCUCGAGAAGCGGCACUCAACUUGGCGAAAGAAAGUGUCGCCAAAAUCCAGUCACUGAACCGACGUACGAUGGAUCCAAUCGGAGCGAAAAUCUGGUGGGUAGAGCUCCUGGCUGCACAACGCACUUCUGCACUGCGUCGAGACGAUGACACGCAAGCUAUCUUAAUCAACCUCUUACUCCGCAAUUACAUUCACUAUAAUCUCUUCUCCCAGGCUGACAAGUUUGUUUCCAAAACAAACUUCCCUCAGUCGGCUGGAAAUCCCCAGCUCGCUCGUAAUCACUUCUAUCUUGGACGCAUCAAGGCGGUUCAGUUAUCCUACACACAGGCACAUAAUCAGUUUCAGCAAGCCAUCAGAAGGGCUCCACCCGCCACAACUGCUCCCGGAUUCUAUCAAUCGGUUCACAAGUUUUUCAUUGUUGUCGAACUUUUGAUGGGGGAAAUUCCCGAUCGUCAAAUGUUCCGUCACGUGUUCGAGGUUGGUAGAUCAGAAUCAGUCAGGAUACUAGUAUUCACAUGUCCUCUAGCUGUUCGAGCUGGUUCCUUAUCCCAAUUCCAGACCACCUUACAAGCAAACGCCUCGCAAUUCACUGCAGACUGCACCUUAACCCUUCUUUCUCGCCUACGACAAAAUGUCAUCAAGACAGGUCUCCGGAAACUAUCUUUGGCGUAUUCUCGCAUUUCCUUACGCGAUAUCUGCUUGAAGUUGCACUUGGAGAGUGAAGAAGAUGCCGAGUACGUGGUGGGCAAAGCUAUUCGAGAUGGUGUGAUUGAAGCUAGUAUCGUUCACGAGAGAGGAUGGAUGGUACAAAGGGGAUAUGAGAUUGAAGGCGCGAAUGGGGAUGGUCCUGGCAGCAAAGCAGCUUUCAACCUCGGUGGAAGGGCCAAGCCAAUCGGUGAAGCAUUGGUGAGGAGUGAAGUACAAGGCGGUUUGAUGAGAGGCUAUGGACCCGAAGUUGUGGACGUCUUUGGGAGGAGAAUUGCGUUCUGUUUGCAAUUGCAUAAUGAGAGUGUCAGGGCUAUGCGUUAUCCUCUCAAUGCGCACCGAAAAGAGCUGGUUAGCGUGCAAGCCGCAUUGGAGAGGGAAAAGGAGCUUUCGAGGGAGGUGAUGAGGGGUGAACAUGAUGACGACGACGACGCCCUAGGAGACCUUUAG